AAGAGGCAGCGGCGGCGGGGACAGCGGCUGCGGCAGCACUCGCGCCAGCUCCAGCCCACAGCUCGCAGGGAGAGUCAGGUUCUGUUCUUGCUCAACAUGGAUGUCUUCAAGAAGGGCUUCUCCAUCGCCAAGGAGGGCGUGGUGGGCGCAGUGGAGAAAACCAAGCAGGGGGUGACAGAGGCUGCCGAGAAGACCAAGGAGGGGGUCAUGUAUGUGGGAGCCAAGACCAAGGAAAAUGUGGUACAGAGCGUGACCUCAGUGGCCGAGAAAACCAAGGAGCAGGCCAACGCUGUGAGUGAGGCUGUGGUCUCCAGCGUCAAUACUGUGGCCACCAAGACCGUGGAGGAGGCGGAGAAAGUUGUGGUCACCACCGGGGUGGUGCGCAAGGAGGACUUGGAACAACCUGCCCCUAAACAGGAAGACCAGGCAGCCGAAGAGGAAGAAGUGGCUGAGGAGGCCAAGAGUGGGGGAAACUAAAAGGUUGCCGGAUGGCUGCAGAGUCCCCGAGGGACACCCCUCUGCCUUGAAACCCCUUCCCUCCUGGCACAAGGAGUGCCCUGCCCUGGAGCGUGCCCUGCCCUGGAGCGUGCCCAGCGGGCUGCCCACGCUCCCCGCACCCAAGCCCAGCUGUCAGAGACCUGUCCUCUAUGCUGCUGCCACCGACUUCACCUCCUACCUUCAUCCUCUCUGGCCCCCUGAGUCUUCUGGACCCACAGAACAGACGCUGCUGUGAAUUUUUUUUUUCUUUUUUUAAUGAUUCCAAAUAAAACUUGAGCCUCACCCCAC